AUGUCCUUUGUCGAGAAGCCCACCCAUCCCAACCGGGACAAGCUGACAAAACUCGACGCCAACGACCCUGUCGUGAAGGCAUCGACCAAGCUGACCAACCAAAUUCUCGACCAGAUCAUCAAGAACCCCGAAAAGUUUACCCGCUUCGGAUCCCCGCUGGACCGAUCCACGGGCGCGGCCGGGGCCAAGGUGACGUUGCCGUCGCCUCAGCCCAAGGCGUCGGUGCCCGAGGGCACGACGCCCGGCUCUAGGGUCAAGUACCUCAAGGACCAGGACAAGAAUUGGCCCCGGGCCACACUGUUUCCUAGAAAGAGGGCCGCCGAGGACGACGGAGAAGAAGAAGAAGAAGAGGAGGAGGAUGACGAGGUGGGCUCCGAUCCGGAGCUUCAGGCCAGGAAACGGGUACGCAAGCGCAGACGAACGGAAAAGUCUGACGAGGAGGUUUGUGCCUUUACGACGGCCAAGGGACGCAAAAGCCGGGCUUUAGAGCGCGCGGAGACACCUCAAGCUACCGAAACGAAGAAGAAGGCCCUCACGCUCGCCGCGAUGCUUUUCCCCAGCGUAAGCCCGCCGCCGGCGCAUGCGAAGCCCAGAAUCACGCUCAAGAUCAACCCGUCCAAGAUGGCCACUACCAAAGAUGAACCAACCGACAAGACUUCGGCUACCGCUGCCAGGCUAGGUUCCGCUCGCGUGGGCAAAGUGAAACAGGAGCCGGGCUCCCCUUCGGCCCUCGACACCAUCCCCGUGUACGCGCCACCGCACAGCUCGGAUGAGGACAGCAGCGGCGACGAAUUCAAAACCACGGCCUAUGCGCCAUCCACUUCCGGGUAUGAUGGCGACUCCGAGGACGACCUGGAGGAAGGCUCGAGCUUGAAAGACGAGGAUGAGUCCGACAACGAAGAGCUUGUGGGCCUCAAGACCGUCAAAGACGAAGAGGAUGCGGACGACGAGGCUGAGUUGUUCCCGAAAUGGGCCGUCGUUACCAAGACGCUCGAUGAUGCACGGGUCGUCCGCGAGCGCGUGAGGAGGCGGAUUUGGAUGUAUGAAAAGGACGGUAAGACGAUGCUGAGGUUGGAUUGCAACCGGUGA